AUGGCCGCUCAAUCCACCCUCAAACAGCCUCAUGAUCCGCUGCUCGCCCUCUACGACCACUAUGCCACACUGCUCAAGACGCGCGUGCGCGGCGCAUCCAAGCUCACAAAGGUCGUGUCGACCAUCACGCUGCUCUUCACCAUAAUCGGCGCCGGCUAUGGCAGCAGGAAGCUGUACAAGGACCGGCGGAAAGAAAAAGAAACCGGCCGACGCCUACUGCGAAGAAACUCGGGCCUCAAGAACAAAGAUGGCUCGCGGACGAUAUACGUGCCGUACCGCGACUCGACGUCCAAAGUCGUCAUCAAUCCGACCAAGCCCACCACCUUCGAUGCGCAUCGCCGCCUUUUCCUCCAGCCGCCCCGCGCGGCGCGCAUGCAGGACACGAGCAAUCCGACCGCGCCGCCGCCCCAGACAAAGCCGGGCCUGAACCUCGCCUUCCUGCACCAGUUCCUGAGUCUGCUGAACAUCAUGAUUCCGCGGUGGAACAGCAAGGAGACGGGCCUGCUGGUCAGCCACAGCGUCUUCUUGAUGCUGCGGACGUACCUCUCGCUCGUCGUUGCGCGUCUCGAUGGCGAGAUUGUGCGAGACUUGGUCGCGGGCAAUGGCAAAGCGUUUCUCUGGGGAAUUGUAAAGUGGCUGGGUGUCGGCACUUUCUCGUCGUACACGAAUGCCAUGAUCAAGUUCUUGCAGAGUAAGGUGUCCAUUGCGUUCCGCACGCGGCUGACGAGGUACAUUCACGACUUGUAUCUGAACGACCACUUGAACUAUUAUAAGCUGCAUAAUCUGGAUGGAGGAGUUGGGCUGGGCGCGGAUCAGUAUAUUACCCAGGACCUGACGCUGUUUUGCGCGUCGGCUGCGUCGCUGUAUUCGUCGCUGGGGAAGCCGUUUGUGGAUCUCUGUGUGUUCAACUACCAGUUGUUCAAGUCGCUGGGACCGCUGGCUCUGACUGGAUUGCUGAGCAACUACUUCUUGACUGCGACGAUAUUGCGCAGGCUAUCACCGCCAUUUGGCAAGCUCAAGGCCGUGGAAGGUCGAAGAGAAGGAGAGUUUCGUGCUCUGCACGCUCGACUCAUCGCCAACGCCGAAGAGGUCGCUUUCUAUGGCGGUGACCAGAUGGAGAAACACUUCCUUGAGCGCGGCUUCAAGGACCUCAAGCACUGGAUGGAAGGCAUCUACAGUCUCAAGAUCCGCUACAACAUGCUGGAAGACUUUGUUCUGAAGUACUCCUGGUCUGCAUUUGGCUAUCUCAUCACCUCUCUUCCCGUAUUCCUCCCAGCAUGGGGUGGUCUAGGUAGCGUCCCAGAAAUUCCAGGCGGUGAAAAGUCUGGCCGCGAGCGCAAUCGCAUGAAGGACUUCAUCACAAACAAGCGCCUCAUGCUGUCUCUCGCCGACGCAGGUGGUCGUAUGAUGUACAGCAUCAAAGACUUGUCUGAACUGGCCGGCUACACAUCCCGUGUCUACACACUCAUCAGCACACUUCACCGCGUCCACGCAGACGCAUACUACCCACCACCAGGUACCCGACCAGAACUCUUCUCCCUCUCAGACGUCCAAGGCACAGUCCACAAAGGCUUCGAUGGCCUCCGUCUCGAACACGUCCCCGUCGUCGCACCAGCGCUAUACCCCAUGGGCGGCGACGAACUCGUCGAAUCUCUCUCCUUCAUCGUCCAUUCGGGCGAACACCUGCUCAUCACCGGCCCCAAUGGCGUCGGCAAAAGCGCCGUCGCCCGUAUUGUCGCCGGCCUCUGGCCCACCUACCGCGGCCUCGUCUCCCGCCCACGCACCAACGGCGUUGACGGAAUAAUGUUCCUGCCACAGCGUCCAUAUCUGUCUACCGGCACCCUACGCGACCAAAUCAUCUACCCACACACCGCCGUUGACAUGAAAGACUCGGGCCGCCGCGACUCUGAACUCCAAGCCAUCCUCGAAGAGGCGAAACUCGGAUACAUUCCCGACCGUGAGGGCGGCUGGGACACGAAGAAGGUGUGGAAAGACGUCUUCAGCGGCGGCGAGAAGCAGCGCGUUGGAAUCGCGCGCUUACUCUACCACGAGCCGAAAUACGCGUUCAUUGAUGAAGGAACGUCCGCUGUGAGUUCCGAUGUCGAGGGCUUGUUCCGCGCAUCGCUCAAGCGCUACCACACAUUCACGCUCACGCUCGGCAUGGGCGAUUCCUCGGACGACUGGGAGUUCCAGCGCAUCGGUACCGAGAGCGAGAAAUCCAGCGUCGAGAAAGAGUUGGCGGAAUUGCGCGAACGGCUGGCGAAGGUUGAGGAGUGGGAGAGCAGGAAGAGGGAGAUUGAGGAGGAGUUGGGGAAGGUGUGGGUCAGGGAGGAUGGGGAGGGAGAGGAGUUGGCGCCGCCGCCGUAUCUGGAGAGGGAGGAGGGUGGGAGUGUAGAGGAGAGUGGUUAUGCGGAUGAGGAGGUGGAGAGUCCGAGGAGCGAUGAACAGGCGCUGGAGAGUGUGGAUGGGGAAGAGGCGGAGGCGGAAAGUCCGACGAGUGAUGAGCAGCUGAUUGAAAGUGGGAGUUUUGAGGCUGGCGAGGAAGCGGAAAGUCCACAAAGCGAUGAGCAGGUGGUGGAGAGUGUGACUAUCAGUGAGGCCGAGCGUAAUGCGGAGCAUUGA